ACGUGCCAUCGAGUUGGUUCCGACUCAAAGCGACCCUGUGUACAAGAGAACAAAACAUUGUCCGGUCCUGUACUAUCCUCACAAUUGUUGUUAUGCUUGAGCCCAUUGUUGCAGCCACUUGUGUCAGUCCAUCUCGUUGAGGGUCUUCCUCUUUUUCGGUGGCCCUCUACUUUACCAACGAUGAUGUCCUUCUCCAGGGACUGAUCUCUCCUGAGAACAUGCCUAAACUAUGUGAGAUGUAGUCUCACCAUCCUUGCUUCUAAUGAGUAUUCUGGUUGUUCUGCUUCCAAGAAAGAUUUAUUUGUUCUUUUGGCAGUCCGUGGUACAUUCAGUAUUGUUGGCCAACACCGCAAUUCAAAGGCAUCAGUUCUUCUCUGAUCUUCCUUAUUCAUCAUCCAGCUUUCGCAUGCGCAUGAGGCGACUGAAAACACCAUGGCUUGGGUCUGGCGCACCUUAGCCUUCAGGGUGGCAUGUUUGCUUUUCAACACUUUAAAGAGGUCUUUUGCAGCAGAUUUGCCCAAUGCAACGCCUCUUUAUUUCUUGACUGCUUCAAUGGGUGUUGAUUGUGGAUCCAAGUAAAAUGAAAUCCUUCCCAACUUAAGUAUUUUUUCCCUUUAUCAUGAUGUUGCUUACUGGUCCAGUUGUGAGGAUUUUUGUUUUAAUUAUGUUGAGGUAUAAUCCAUACUGAAGGUUGUAGUCUUUGAUCUUCAUCAGUAAGUGUUUCAAGUCGUCUUCACUUUCAGCAAGCAUUGUUGUGUCAUCUCCGUAUCGCAGGUUAUUAAUGAGUCUUCCUCCAAUCUUGAUGCCCCGUUUUUCUUCAUAUAGUCCAGUUUCUUGGAUUUUUUGUUAAGCAUACAGAUUGAGUAAACAUGGUGAAAGGAUGCAACCCUGACACACACCUUUCCUGACUUUAAACCAUGCAGUAUCCCCUUGUUCUGUUUGAACGACUGCCUCUUGAUCCAUGUACAGGUUCCUCAUGGGCACAAUCAGGUGUUCUGGAAUUCCCGUUCUCUGCAACGUUUUCCAUAAUUUGUUAUGAUCCACAGAGAUGAAUGCCUUUGUUUAGUCAACAAAACACAGGUUAAUAUCUUUCUGGUAUUUUCUGCUUUCAGUCAGUAUCCAUCUGACAACAGCAAUGAUAUCCCUGUUUCCACGUCCUAUUCUGAAUCCGGCUUGAAUUUCUGGCAGUUCCUUGUGAAUAUACUGCUGCAGCCACUUCAGAAUGAUCGUCUGGCUCAGUGUGUUGAACUCUGCUGGCAGCUGAGAGGCGAAGCAGGAAAAAGGCAAGUUCCUGAUGCAAAGAUUGCUCUGCAACAUAAUUUGGGCAUUGGAGGAGCUGUCGUUGUAACACUGUACAAGAUGGGUUUUCCUGAAGCUGCCAGCUCUUUUAGAACUCAUCAAAUUGAUGCUGUUCCAACCAGUUCUGCACUUGAUGGAUUUAAGGCAGAUCUUGUCUUUAAAGAGAUUGAGAAGAAGCUUGAAAAGGAAGGGGAAGAGUUUGUGAAGAAAAUCGGCGGCAUUUUUGCCUUCAAGGUGAAGGAUGGCCCUGGGGGUAAAGAAGCCACCUGGGUGGUGGAUGUGAAGAACGGCAAAGGAUCAGUACAUCCUAACUCAGAUAAGAAGGCUGACUGCACAAUCACAAUGGCUGACUCAGACUUACUGGCUUUAAUGACUGGUAAAAUGAAUCCUCAGUCGGCCUUCUUUCAAGGCAAAUUGAAAAUCACUGGCAACAUGGGUAUGGCUAUGAAGUUACAAAACCUUCAGCUUCAGCCAGGCAAAGCUAAGCUGUGAACAACUCCCUGUGGCUACUUUUGAAAAUCAAGAUGAGAUACAUAGAAAUAUAUCCAUAUAUUUCUUUGUCAGAAAUUAGGCUGAAAGUAAGCAUUGGCAAAUAGCAUGGGGUAGAUUUGUUUUUAAAUGAGGGUGACCAAUCCUGUUUUUCCUAAGCUCUGGAUGAGUAGAGCCUGGUGGUGUACUACUGCUUUGCCGAAUUGUAUACAACUGUGCAUUACAAAGUUAAUAUGGUAAUUAUGGUUUGGGGUAACACUGAGUUUCAGAAUAAAAUUAGGAACAGUAAAAUCCAAAAACUAUGUAAACAAAAGCUCUCAUUUUGCUUACAAAGUAUAUUUAAGGAUUAUUCUGCUGAAGAUUCAAUUUCAGAGUUUUUCUUGGGAGAACUAGGGAAGAAACAGAACACCAGUAGCUGACCAGUAAUUAGUGUUGUGCACUUAAUGACCUUAAUCUGUUUUCCAUUAAUAGUUCUUAAAAUUCUGUGCUGGGAUGUUUUUUAAAAAAAAUACUUUUUAAUUUUGUAUUUUAUGCACUCAAAAUGGUAUUUUCUUCCCAAAUCAUAAUAAAAGAAAUAUGACUAGAGCUUGGGGAAGAAAACAUCUUCAGCUGAACACAGGCCUGUUUUUAAAACAAAAAUAUUUUAGAAAUGGGUUUUCUUCUUGAAAAAUCAGUGUAUUUGAGUCAUAAAAUAACUGUUGUGAAAGAUAACUGAACAAAUAAUAUUUGCUUUGAGAUGCACAGUUUUAAAAUUAUAAUCUAUUAAUUUAACUAAAUUUGUAAAGCCCUCAGUUCUUUCUUAUAAUUUUCCUUUUUCAUACACAUUUAGUGUAAUUAAUUGUCCUCAUUUUUCUUUUUUCUCAUUUUUCUAAUGCUGAUGUUACUAUUUCUUAUUGCUCAAUGGGAUAUGGGGUAAAAUAAUGCUUUUGGAAGAAUAUUUAAUAGAAAAUUAAAAUAGCUCUGCCUGAUCUUCUUUGUUUUUAUUGUGUUCUUUUUACUCAGAGUUUUCAAGAUGAUGGAGCCUAAAGGGAAAGAUUAGGGGAUUUAUAAGCUGUGGGUUAUCUAGACA